AUGGAAGACAAUCUUCAGAACAUCCCCGACAUUCUUCGUCGGCUUUCGUAUGACUGCUCGCAUCUCGAGCGACUCAGCGGCGGCACCGCCAACUUUGUCUUCCGCGGCACCCUAGAUCGCGACUCGGUUAUAGUCAAGCAUACCAAGGAUUACAUCGCGUCAAAUCGCGAUUUCAAACUGCCGGCGGAAAGAUGUCUCAUCGAAGAGUACAUCCUCAAAUCUCUCGGUGAUUUCCCACCUACAACAGCCCCUACCACGGCCCCUCCAACGACCAGCUCCACCAUCAUUGUCAAAACGCCCCGUCUCUUGGCCUUCGACCGCCCUUCCUACACCCAGGUCAUGGAGGACCUGCCCAAGUCUGUCGACCUCAAGACCCUCCUCACUAAUCCGGAGAUCUCCUCCCGCAUCGACCGCCCCUGGGCGACCUCUCUCGGCGCCGCGCUGGGUCAGUGGCUCGGUUCGUUCCACGCGUGGACGGCGGAGUCGGCGCAGACGGAGCUCGUCCGGUCAAUGGAAGAGAAUGAGCUGAUGCGCGAUCUCAAGUUCAGUAUUAACUACGAGAAUGUGGUUGGGUUGGUGGAUAAGUAUCCGGGUCUGCUGAGCGACAGUCGAGGCGUGUUCGAGGAGGUUCGAGAUCAGGCACGGAAUGAAUUGGGGAGAAAGGAUGUUGAGGGAGCCGCGUUUGGGGUCAUUCAUGGGGACUUUUGGUCCGGGAACGUACUCAUCCCUAAAGACAUACUCGACCAGCAGCAACAGAACCCAAACACCAACAUGCCUCUAUUCGUAAUUGACUGGGAACUUGCCCAGUGCGGUGCCCGCGCGCUCGACCUCGGCCAGAUGAUGGCCGAGCUCUACUUCGUCAAGCACUUCCGGGACGUGGACGCGGGGCCGUGGAUCAUCGAGGGGCUCGCGCGCUCGUACCCUCAUCUCACGGAGGCGAUGGCCUACCGGGCGGCGAUCCACGUCGGGGUGCAUUUCAUCUGCUUUGGCACGAUGAUCACGGACUGGGGCUCCGAGGAGCAGGUGCGCGGGGUGGUGGCGUUGGGGCGCGAUUUGAUUGUCAAGGGGUGGCGGAGGGAGAGGGAUUGGUUUGAGGGUGGGUUCUGGAAGUGUUUGUUUCAGGGGUAG